AUGAGUGUAUAUGGGCUUUAUGUGAUAAGUGAAUCUGGUUCACUGCAGUUUUAUUAUGACCAUUCUGAUGUUAACGUGGAAGUAGAAAAGAAAUACGAUUUCCCACUCCCGUUCCAAUUCAAAGCUAUGGAUGGUCGUAUUGUUGUGGAUUUUGGUGCAUGUGAUGAUGUAAAAAUAGGGUAUACUGUAAUUUCUGUUGAUGGCAUUACAGCUAAAGGCACAUCUCUGGAAGAUAACAGGGAUAUUUUGAAAGUUUUUUCAGAUAAAGACAACUUUCCGCUGACUAUCAAACUUGGAAGUCCUCGACUACGUCCAAAUGACCGAAUUCAUCUUGCUAGUAUGUUCCAUCCAUUACACUCAAUGGCCCGACUUCUCUCCCCAAUUCCGGAUUCCAACUUCAGCUUUGUUGCUCCGACUAAUGAUAAAAAGGCUCCACGAGUUUGGAAUUCUGGUAUCCAAACGUUGGAAACGGAAUGUUGCCGUGUUCAUUGUUUGGAAACCCAUACCGGUGUUAAAUUUUUACUUGUUACUGAUGUUAAAUUACCAAUGGCUUCCCGAGAGGCUCUCCGCAGGGUGUACGAGGCUUAUACAGAUUUUGUGUUGAAAAAUCCCUUUUAUGCUCGGAAUCAACCUUUUAAUUACGAAUUCUUCGCUAAUCAAAUAAAAACCAUAUGUGACCAAGUAGAAAAGGGAAUGUAUGUAAUUAACUAG